AUGGAUGCUACGCAAGAAUACCUGCAACGACGCGACCAGUUAGUCCGAGAAGACAGAGCUCUGCGCGUCGAUGCGUCCAGACUGGCGAGCCUCACCGACAUCGAAGCGAAAGCGGAAGCUGUCGUGCGUGCGACACGCGCUGUAGAAGCUGAUUCGGUAUGGGGCACGGGGAAGUCCAUCUUCGACUACAACCCAAUAGACAGCACACCCAAUGUCUUCCCGGGAAUGGCAUUCCUGACUGCUCGUGAGACCGUGACAAAGACAAAGCUGUUCCAGAUGUUGAACAAGAUGCCCAAAGGUGCUCUCCUUCACGCUCAUCUAGACGCAACAGUGAAUGUCGAUGUUUUGCUCAAGCUGGCUCUCGCCCAACCGGCCAUGCACGUCCGAGCACCCGCUCGCUUGACGACAAGUAACAUUGUAGCAACGCUGCCCGAGUUCAAAGUGCUCUCCCCAGGUGCCUUCUCAACCUCGUCUUCUUUGACGGACUCAACAUAUAUCGGCGGCGAGUGGGUGCCGUUGUACCGCGCCAGGGAGACAUUCGACGAGAGCCUCGAGGGCCCUGUUGGAUUCGACAACUGGGUGAAAAGAGCGCUGACAAUCAACCCAUCUGAAGCAUAUGGCACACACGACUCGCCUACAAAGAUUUGGGCGAAGUUCUCCAGUACAUUCCUCACUUGCCACAACCUCAUAUACUAUCUCCCUAUAUGGCAACAGUACAUAAGGGAGUUCAUCUUGUCAUCCAUUGACGACGGGAUUUCCUAUGUAGAAGCACGAGUCAAUUUCCUGUAUAAGUACAUGACAGGCCCAGAUGGACUCGAAAACCUCCCGCAUAGAGAAUGGCUCAUCAUAUUUGACCGGGUCCUGAACGAAAUCAAGGCAGAAUUAAAGGAGCAAGGUCGACAAGAUGAACUGAUUGGCGUGAAGCUUAUCUACACGACAAUUCGCUUCAUCACUCCAGAAGAGCUGGAGUGGUACACGGAAGACGCUCUGGCACUCAAGCAAGAGUUUCCGCAUCUGAUUGCAGGAUUUGACCUCGUCGGACAUGAAGACUCGCUGAAGCCUCUUAUCGACUACAUCGAGCCCUUGACCAAGUUCAUGCGCCGUAGGGAGGAGCUCGGUGUCGACCUGCCCUUCAUCUUCCAUGCUGGAGAAACCCUCGGCGACGGGAAUGCGCCCGACAUGAACCUGUACGAUGCGAUUCUUCUUGGAACGAAACGCAUCGGGCACGGGUAUUCUCUUGUCAAGCACCCGAAACUCAUGGAGAUAUGCCGGGAGAAAGGCAUUGCUGUUGAAGUCUGCCCCAUCUCGAACGAAAUCCUUCGCUUGACAUCGUCGAUGCCGGCACAUCCGCUUCCGAUCCUGGUGAACCAUGGUGUCCAUGUCUCGCUCUGUUCGGACGACCCCGCGGUCUUCGGCAACAUGGGCUUGACCUUUGACUUCUUCCAGGUCCUCAUGGCGAGCGAAGUGACCGGACUUCUGACACUCGGCGAGUUCGCAAGAGACAGCAUCAAGUAUUCCAUGUUGGAAGACGAAGAGAAGGCAUACGCACUCGGACUUUGGGAGAAGCGGUGGCUCGAGUUCCUAGAGUGGGUUGGGCGGACAGGUGAUGAAUAA